UCAUUUCAAUUAUCGUAUUUUAAUUUUUCUGAAUUUGAUACAAUUUUGUUUUCGAUAAAUUUAACAACAAAAUCUCUUUUAUUUGAAAUAAAUUCGAAAGUUCAAAAGCUAAAUUUUGAAACAAAAUGAAAACCGUAACUUUUUACCAUUUCGUUGGUUUUAGUAUCGAUCUUUGAUAAAGAGACGGACACAAUUGACGCGCGUUGAGGUAUCCUCCGUCGCCGCCCGACUCCCAAUCCCUAUCUCCUCCUUCUUCCUUCACCGACUGAUCGGAUUCCUCAUCUAUGGCUCUCAAUCUCCGACAAAAGCAGACUGAAAGCAUUAUCCGUAUGUUGAAUCUGAACCAACCGGUUAGUCUGACGGGUGCGGCCAACGAAGAGGUAUACAAGAUAUUGAUCUACGACACCUUCUGUCGAAACCUCCUUUCUCCUCUAAUUCAUGUCAAGGACUUGCGUAAACAUGGCGUUACUCUUUACUUCCUUAUUGACAAGGACCGUAAACCUGUUCAUGAUGUACCUGCUGUUUACUUUCUUCAACCUACUAAGCAUAAUAUCGACCGGAUCGUUGCUGAUGCUUCUCGUUCCAUGUAUGAUACCUUCUUCCUCAACUUCUCAUCCUCUGUUCCUCGCCCACUGCUUGAAGAUUUAGCAUCUGAAGCGUUGAAAUCGGAUUCAAUUCAACGGAUUGCCAAGGUGCAUGAUCAGUAUUUGGAAUUUGUUACCUUAGAAGAUAAUUUGUUUUCCUUAGCUCAGAAAUCUAGCUAUGUGCAACUGAAUGAUCCUUCGGCAGGGGAUCGUGAGAUUGAAGAGAUUGUGGAGAAGAUUGUUGGUGGGUUGUUCUGUGUUUUGGCUACACUUGCUGUGGUUCCGAUUAUUCGGUGCCCACGAGGAGGUCCUGCUGAGAUGGUUGCCAUGGCGUUGGAUCAAAGGUUAAGGGAUCACUUGUUAUCAAAGAACAACUUGUUCUCUGAAUCUGGGGGGUUUAUGAGCUCUUUUCAGCGCCCGGUUCUGUGUAUAUUUGAUCGUAAUUUCGAGUUAUCUGUUGGAAUACAGCAUGAUUUCAGAUACAGACCUCUGGUGCAUGAUGUUCUUGGGCUUAAACUGAAUGGGUUGAGUGUCAAGAGUGAAAAGGGUGGAAUGAACUAUGAGUUGAAUAGUUCGGAUCCGUUUUGGUUAGCAAAUGGAUCGUUGGAGUUCCCUGAAGUUGCAGUUGAGAUUGAGACACAGUUGAACAAAUACAAGAAGGAUGUUGAUGAGGUUAAUAGGAAGACUGGUGGAGCUGCUGAGGGUGAGUUUGAUGGAGCUGAUAUGAUAGGUAACACCAAGCAUUUGAUGAAAGCUGUGAACUCAUUGCCUGAGCUAACCGAGAGAAAGCAAAUCAUUGACAAGCACAUGAAUAUUGCUACUGUGUUACUUGGUGAGAUUAAGGAAAGGUCCAUUGAUUCCUAUGCGAAAAAGGAGAGUGAAAUAAUGUCGAGAGGUGGCAUUGAUCGGAGUGAGCUUUUGGGGGUGCUUAGAGGUAAAGGUACUAAGAUGGACAAGCUUCGGUUUGCUAUCAUUUAUCUAAUCUCUUCUGAAAACAUCAAUCAAUCAGAGAUCGAAGCAGUUGAAGAGGUCUUAAGGGAGUUGGAAAUCGACAAAAGUGCAUUUCAAUAUGUAAAGAAGAUAAAGUCGUUGAACGUACCAUUCGCUGCUGCAAAUUCUGCUACCAAAGGCAACAUUGUCAAUUGGGCUGAAAAGCUAUACGGACAAUCAAUUAGCGCAAUGACUGCUGGUGUAAAGAAUCUAUUAUCAACUGAUAGGCAGCUUGCACUGACAAGGACAGUGGAAGCUUUAAUGGAGGGAAAACCAAAUCCUGAAAUUGAUUCUUAUCUCGUGCUUGAUCCACGCGCUCAAAGGUCGAGCGCUGGAACAAGCAGCAGCCACUUGAAGGGACCGUUCAAGGAAGCAAUCGUGUUUAUGAUCGGUGGAGGUAAUUAUGUAGAGUAUGCAAGUUUGCAGGAACUUUCGCUUCGUCAGCCGGCUCCCAAGCAUAUCGUAUAUGGUACAACAGAAAUUCUAACUGGAGAGGAAUUUGUAGAGCAACUUAUGCUGUUGGGAGAAAAAAUGGGGUUAGGCAAUGCUGCCGUAUCUUCCAAGUAAAUUAGUACAGAUAUUUAGUGUAAAGGAUUUUGGAGUUGUUUUGAUGAAAUAUCUGUCACAUAUAACACUAUAAUUAACUACAGAUGUAUACUUUGAUCAUAGAGCAGUCUACAUAUUCCAAGUUGAUCA